CAAGAACAAGAUUUCCGCGGCACAAACACACAGCAUUGCACUGGACUGGCAUGCACUACUUCAAAAACCUGCCCCCAAGGAGCCCGAAAGUCCUCUUUAUAGCCUAUCCAGCUUUCGUGUGCGUCUUUCUGUUCUUCGAGGUAAGAUUCAUCUCGGCUUAUCUGAGCUGGGUGCAACCUAUUGGCCGCCUGUUCGACACGCCUGGCUGCACAAUGCCGCUCUACCCGUCCUUCCACCGAACCAUUCGGCGUGCGAACGAGACCGACACCAGCCUCCAAUGGCGCUGCCCAGGUCGCCGAGCCACUGUCAUCUAUCGCCGCGGCAGCGUCCUCUACAUGAAUAUGACUCGCCUGGCCAGUUACUACGGUGUCACCACAGCGACGAACUCUGUCUGUACCUUCCGAGAGGUGAUGAGAAACGAGAGCUCUGGUGUCAACCAUGACUGGGGCUUCUCGUUGGGGCCUACGAGACCGCUUGUUUUCGGCACGACCUUGUCUGAAGAGUUCGUCGCCGUGACGUGUGCGGUGGGUAAGCGGACGCUCUUCACCGACUACUUUCUACUUCCGCAGCGGAAGAGCCCAACGCUGAAGAAGCGCGUCAUCCGAGGAGAACGCCCUAUUAGUGUACUCGUCCUGGGAAUUGACUCAACGUCGCGAAUGAACUUCGACCGCCACAUGAAACGAACGCGGCGACUCCUGACGGAAGAGCUGUUUGCGUUCGAGUUUCUCGGCUACAACAAGGUGGGAGAGAGUUCUUUCGGCAACCAGAUUCCUCUGCUCACGGGGCUGGCGGGCGACGACGUGGAGAGGCUCUUUCGCAACCACACUUUUGACGAGCUGCCCCAUCUGUGGAGCGUCUACAAGGAGAGCGGGUACACUACGCUCUUUUUGGAAGAAAUGCCAGACUACGGGUUGUUCGUGUACCCCGACUUCCGGGGAUUCCGGAAUCCACCUACCGACUACUACCCUCUUCCCGCCGUGUAUGCCAUGGGAGUUCAAAGAGGACUCGACGACUACUGCGCCGGCUCUCGCCUUAAGGCUCAAGUUUUUCUCGACUACCUCGGUGAUGUACUCCAGCUAAACGCCCUCGACGACCGUCCGCUCUUCGCAUACGUGUGGCUCUCGGAUGUGCCCCAUAGCAAUGAUCACGCCUUGCUGGUACUGGACAAGCCAGUGCACGCACUGCUCCGAGACAUGCAGAAGCGUGGUGCCUUCGAUGACACAGCGGUUCUUCUCCUCAGUGACCACGGAGCCCGCUUCGGCUCGGCCCGGGCUUCCCAGAUUGGCAGGCACGAGGACAAGACCCCGUUCGCGUUUAUGGUGUUGCCGCAAAGGUUUCUGCGGAGGUAUCCCACAGCGGCAGCAAACCUCGAGGUGAACCAGCGGCGCCUCGUGACAGCGUACGACCUGCACGCCACCCUCCUGGCGCUGUCCCGAUACCCUCGCGGUGCCUUCGAGCCUUCCCUUUCCACGCAGAGGGGCAUCAGCUUGUUCGGUCGCGUACCUCCCGAAAGGAGCUGCGGGGACGCCUUUGUGAGUGCACAGUUUUGCGAGUGCCAGGGAAGUCACGUCGACCUCGACGAGCGGUCAGCGCUGGUGCAGUCGUUCGCCGGCUUCGUCGUGGAACUCCUGAACACACGAAACGAGGCAAACUUUCCCGGCUUGUGCAUCAAAUGGAAGCUGGCGAAGGUGACGGAUGCAUCCGCUUUGGGCGGCCAAGUCAUCGGUAAGGUGCUCCUGCGGGCACUCGUGACUACAACACCAGAGGCACACUUCGAGGCCUAUGGCCUCGUGCGCAACGGCACGUACCAGAAGGUGGACCUUGUCCAGCGGCUGGACUGGUACUCCAACCAGACGAGGUGCCUUCCUCCGAGUGUUUUCCAGCUUUCCGUACGCCGUCGCCAUCUCGGCCUCGCCAAAUACCCCCGAUCUUGUUUGCCUGGCCGCCAGGCAACUGGAGAUCGACCCCGAUGCAAAGACGACCACAUAUCUCUGGCUGUUUCCAUCGGUGGGCCAAGCAAUUCCAUUCAAGGUGAAAGCAGCAGAAAAACCAGGAACGAUGACGUUCACAGUAGGAGAAGAUAUGACUCCACGAGAGGGCAUAAUUUACUACACAGAUUACAAGACAUGUGCUGUUGCAGACUUGGAGUAUCAUGGACACGUCUGUGUACUGUGGACAAGCAGAGAAGUGAAGGACUCAGUGCCUCAAGAAUGCAUCAGCUAUUUUGAAGAUACCUGUGGUUUCACAGUUGACCAGCAUAGCAGGGAUCUCUGCCAUGAUGGAGAAGGCGACUAUUAGUUAAUAUAGAAG